AUGGCAACUGGCAAUUAUUAUAGAUUUACAGUAAAAGUUAAUAUCGUAGUAUCUCAGACUCAAGAUUGGAUUGGUGUCAAAAGUCGUAAGCUACCAAUUGCGUUAGGUGAUUUCAACAAUGACAAUCAAUUAGAUAUCAUCGUCACUCAACGCGACGAUAAAAAAAUACAUAUCUUCUUGGGAUACGCACAUGGAGCAUUUGCUGUGAAACCAACAACAUCAGUAACAUCUUCUUCUCUUCCAUAUUCCAUUGCAGUUGGUGAUUUUAAUAAUGAUAAUUGGUUGGAUUUUGUCGUCGCUAAUUAUGAUCACAAUAAUAUAGGUGUUUUUCUUGGUUAUGGUAAUGGAACGUUCGCAAACGAAAACAUAUAUUCAACUGGCUCUUCUCGUCCACUGUCUCUCGUGAUUCAUGAUUUAAACAACGACAAACAAUUAGAUAUUGUUAUCGCUAACAAUGGUACGAACACUAUUGGUGUACUUCUGGGAGCUGGUAACGGAACUUUUGCCAACCCGAUGACGUUUUCAACUGGCUUUGAUUCUCUUCCUCACGCAGUUGUCGUUGGUGAUUUCAACAGCGAUAUUCGACCAGAUAUUGCUGUUGCCAACUCUGGCAGUAACACUAUUGGACUACUUCUUGGAUAUGGUAAUGGAACGUUUUCACACCAAAUAACAUAUCCAACACACGGUCACCCUAUCUCGUUGGCCGUUGGUGAUUUGAACGACGACACUCAGCUAGAUAUUGUUGUCGCCAACGAUGGUAGUAAUAUACAAGUACUUCUUGGAAAUGACAAUGGUACAUUCACAAACCAAGCCAUCUAUACAACAGGUUCCGGUUCUUAUCCUAGUUGGGUAGCUGUGCGUGACUUCAACAAAGACGGUCGACUCGACAUUAUAGUCACCAAUACGGGCACUAACAAUCUAGGUCUCUUUCUCGGAUAUGGAGAUGGAAACUUCGAAAACCAACGGUUAUACCCUAUAAAUAACGGGGCUCCACAAAUAGUCGAUACUGGAGAUUUGAACAAUGACUCAUGGAUAGAUGUUGUCGUGGCUAUUGAUAGUCCUUAUAAUGUGGCUGUCUUUCUUGGAGGUCCAGAUAAAAACUUUACUAAUCUCACGACAUAUCCAACUGGUGGUCUAUCUGAUCCGUACUCAGUUGUAGUGGGCGAUUUCGACAAUGACACAUGGCUGGAUGUCAUCGUAGCGAAUUAUAAGAGUGAUGAAAUAGCUGUGUUUCUAGGACAAGGCAAUGGAAAUUUCGAUGCAAGAAAGACAUAUUCAACAGGAUCAGGUUCUAUGCCAGAGUCAAUCGCCGUUGGUGACUUUAACAGCGAUCAUCGACUCGAUAUCGUUGUCGCCAAUACUGGCACUGACAACAUAGGUAUCUUUCUUGGAUAUGACAAUGGAGCUUUUUUAAACCAGACUACAUAUCAAACGGGAACGAAUUCUAAGCCAAGUUCCGUUGCUGUUGGUGACUUUAACAACGAUAAUCAACUUGAUUUCGCCGUCGCCAAUAGUGGAACUGAUAGCCUAGGUAUUUUUCUCGGAUAUGGCAAUGGGACUUUUUCAAAUCAGAUUGCAUAUUCAACAGGUGUAAGCUCUCAACCAACUUCGAUUGCCGUUGGUGAUUUUAACAAUGACACUCAGCUGGACAUCGCAGUCACUAAUGCUGGCACUAAUAUCCUAGGCAUCUUUCUUGGACAUGGCAAUGGAACGUUUUCAAAUCAAAUUGCUUAUCCAACAGGAUCGAGUUCUACGCCGAAUUCGAUCGCCAUUGGUGACUUUGACAGCGAUACCAGACUGGAUAUCGUCGUCGUCAACGCUGGCACUAACAAUCUAUGUAUUUUUUUUGGAAAAGCGGAUGGAAGUUUCUCAAAUCAAACUGAAUAUCCAACUGGAAAUAAUCCCAUGCAGAAUUCGGUUACCGUUGGUGACUUGAAUAACGAUACCAAACUAGACCUUAUCGUAGCCAAUUUCUACGAUAACAAUAUAGGGGUGUUCCUUGGAAAAGGUGAUGGAAGCUUUUCAACUCAGACAACGUAUUCAACUGGAUGGGAUUCUCUACCAAUCUCAGUCGCUCUUGGUGACUUCAACAGCGACAAUCGACUGGAUAUAGUAGUCGUACUUUAUUAUUAUUUCUCUAUAGGUAUCUUUCUUGGGUAUUACAAUUCACCUUUUACAGUUCCUACAAUGUAUUCAAGUGGUUCAAUUUCGACACCAUUCGCACUUGCCGUUGCAGAUUUUGACAAUGACAAUCAAUUGGAUCUUGUUGCUACUAAUUAUGAUGACGGUAAUGUAGCCAUUUAUCAAAACUUUGUAAAUGGAACUUUUCAAAGUUCUAAAUUAUAUUCAACUGGCUACAUUACUGGUCUGUAUUCUAUUGCAGUAGGUGACUUCAAUAAUGAUCGUCAAGUUGAUGCCGUAGUUGUUAAUUAUGAUAGUGACAAUAUUAACUUCUUUCUCGGAUUUGGGAAUGGGAGUUUUGGAAGCGUCAUAUCAUACACAACUGGACUUGAGUCUGGUCCCUGUUCAGUUGUUGUUGGUGAUUUCAAUAACGAUAGCCGAUUGGAUAUUGUUAGUGCCAAUAAUCGCGAUAACAGUAUAAUUUUAUUUCUUCAUUAUGACUUCGGAGCAUUUACGAAUAAAGAAAUGUAUUCAACUUCUUCUGAUAAACCCUCUCGCUCGGUUGCAUAUGAUGAUUUCAAUAAAGAUACCCGACUGGAUAUGGUUGUAGCUAAUUACGAGAGUUUCACUAUAACUGUGCUUCUUGGCAAUGGUAAGGGAGGUUUCUCAAAUCAAACUACAUACUCUACAGGAUUUGAAUCUUAUCCGUUCUCAGUUGCAGUUGGUGAUUUCAACAACGAUGCACAGAUGGAUAUCGCUGUAGCCAAUAAAUGGACUUUCAAUAUAGGUAUAUUUCUUGGAAAAGGUGAUGGGACAUUCUUCGAGCAAAUUACAUACCCAACGGGAUCAGAUUCUAAGCCAACCACGGUUGCUGUUGGGGAUUUUAAUAAUGAUACUCGAUUGGACAUCGUUGUAACCAAUUAUGGUGGUUACAGUAUAGGCGUAUUUCUUGGCAAUGGGGACGGGACUUUCUCGAAUCAAAUUGAAUACGCAACUGGAUAUUAUUCGUGGCCAUGGGGAAUCGCGAUUGGCGAUUUUAACAACGACGCUCGAUUGGAUGUCGUUGUCAGCAAUCAGUAUGGUUACAAUAUCGGUGUAUUUCUUGGACAUGGUGACGGGAGUUUUUCAAAUCAAACUACAUAUCCAACUGGAGCAAAAUCUUUGCCGAUUGGAAUUGCUGUCGGUGACUUUAAUAAUGAUAAUCGAAUGGACAUCGUUGUGGCCAAUUAUGGUAGUGACAAUGUAGGCGUGUUUCUUGGUAAUGGCAAUGGAACAUUCUGGAAUCAAGUCACUUAUUCAACUGGUUAUGUAUCUGGUCCGUAUUGGGUCAUCGUUGGUGAUUUCAACAAAGAUGCUCAAUUGGAUGUUGCCGUCGCUCUUUCUCUUUCUGACACUUUAGCGAUCUGCUUCGGCAAUGGAAAUGGAACGUUUAGUAGUCCAACGACGUUCGGAACUGGCACUUCAACUUAUCCAUGGUAUUUGAUAGCUGCUGAUUUUAACUACGAUAACUGGCUUGAUGUAGCCAUCGUCUUUGGAAAUGUUGGUGGUGUCACUGUACUAUUGGGGGAUAGAAAUAGAAUGUUUCUAGUACCUAUGAAAAAUUCAACUGGCCCGAAUUCUGCUCCACAAACUAUCGUUGUUGGAGAUUUUAAUAACGAUAAACAUUUGGAUGUAGCUGUUACAAAUAGUAAGAGUAAUAAUGUAGGUUUAUUUCUCGGGUAUGGUGACGGGCGUUUUUCAAAGCAAGUAACAUACUCAACCGGCGCUAAUUCUCAGCCGUGGUCACUUGCUGUAGGUGAUCUUAACAAUGAUACUCAACUGGACAUUGUCGUGACAAAUCGUAAUAGUGACAAUAUAGGAGUUUUUCUUGGGCUUGGAAAUGGCGCGUUUAGCAAUGUAAUGACGUAUUCAACCGGUUUGCUUUCUGCUCCAAUAUCCAUCGUUAUUCUAGAUUUUAACAAGGAUAAUAAAUUGGACAUUGUUGUUGCCAACAAUGGUGCCAACAGCAUCAGCAUAUUACAAGGAUAUGGUGAUGCAACUUUUUUGAGCCCAACGACAUACUUAACUGGUUAUAAUUCUCAUCCAGUUUGGGUCGUCACCGGUGAUUUUAAUAAAGACGACUGGAUGGAUAUUGCUGUAGCCACUUUAGGUACAAAAAACAUAAAAGUUCUUUUGAAAUCAUGUUAA